AUGAGCCCCGACGUCCUCAUCCGCCUCGUCCAGUGCAUGGCCUCACCCGCCGACGUCGCUGCCUUCCUACAGGUCCUCCCGCUUCAUGCGCUUCCGACGCCGCUCGCAGCGCUCCGCGAGCUCCUGGCUGCGCAAGGCGAGCAGCCUUCGCUCUGGCCUCAGCCGUGCCUCGACGACGGGAUGGACACGGUCACGAUGGAUCUCGUGCUGGCCGCGAUGCCAUCCUUCCCGACGAUCCGGGUCAGCGACCUUGCCGCAUUCCAGCAGCACCUUGCGACUCGCUCUGGACCGACCAUGGACCUUCUCGGGUUUGCGGCGCAGUGGGGACCCAAGGUCGUGUCCGUCACGCUGUCGAGCGAAGAGCUUGGUGGCGGAACGGACAUGCUCGGCAGCGUGCUCCGGUUGUGCACGGGUCUCGACCACGUUGAAGUGCACCCGCUCGACAAGCCAGAGCGGAUCAUUCGCGCGAUCACAACGCCAGCGCACCACGUCCGCCGACUCGACUUGUUUGCGGACGACGGCGACUGCUUUGACGUUGACGACGGCGUCGCGCUACUUGGACCGUGGCUGCGGUCGGGGCAUGCGAUCCAUUUGUCGCUGUGGCGAUUUGAGUCGGAAGACGAUGACGCGCUGGCGGCCGCGCUCGCGGCGACACCGACGCUGCAAAGCCUCGAUUUUAUCCUCGCCGACGGUAUCAUUAGCAGCCUCGCCUCGGGACCUCGACUGUCACGCCCGUGGACGCGUCUCCGCGUUCGAACGUCGUCGAUCGACGGACUGCACAAGCUCUUGCACCGUCUCGACCUCUCUGUGAUGACGCACCUCGACCUUGGAGUGUCUGAGUUUGGCGACAGCAGCUGCCUCGCAGCGGUGCUGCCGCGAAUGCCCCGUCUCGAAGAGCUCUCGCUCGUGUGCAUCAGCCUCGCGGACGCGUCUGCCGUCAAGCAGGCUACGAGUCCGUCGUCUCUGCGGGUCGUGACACUCAAAAUCUUUGAGGCGUCGUCUCGCACACGCCUUGCGCUGCUCGAUUGGAUCAGCACGUCGGUCUGUCUCGAGUCGGUCACGUGGGACUUUUUGUCCUCGUCGUUUUGCGGCCGUGAGAUGCGCCAUGUCGGACGCGCGUUCCAGCGCUGGAUCGACGCUGGCGUCUGCUCUGUGCGUUUUACACAAGCCGACGGCAUCGACCUCUGCAUGCGCGAGCUCGCGACGGCGCUCACUGUCACGACGCCUCGGCGGCCGCUGCGGGUCGAGCUUGGCGACCAACGACUUCAGGACGUCAAGGCGUUGGAUGGUCUCUUCAAGGCUGUCGCGAUGCACCCUGACGUGGCUGUGUCGAUGCCGUUUGGUGACGGCCAGGGUCCGAAAGACCAUGGCGCCGGUUUGCAGGAGCUUGCCUCGCAGCAUGGUCUCGAGCUCGAGCUCAAGGACAACACGUUGGUCGUGUCGAGUCGCAUCGCGUAG